AUGCGGUCGCGCCGUCUGCUUCCUGCUCUUUGGGUGGAAGCGGAAUGCGAGCCAGUGGGAAUCCUGCCCGAGCGUCGACCCUUCGACCGCACCCUCGCCACAAUUUACGUUAAAAAGGACAAGUGCAUCGCGCGCGUUAGCGGGAUAGGUCGCGGGGCCGCGUGGAAUGCAAGGAGCCAGGAAUGCAGCCCCGGCAAGAAGCGGCGUCGCCUCCGCGCACGCCGGUGCCCCGCCGGGGGAGGGCCCGCACCCCCGGCCGCGCCACAUGUCCGCUCCCCUCGC